AUGGAGUGGAGUGGUUUAUUUCCUCCUAUAACGCCUCUUUUCCUCCUUAAAUCUCCUUGGGCAACCCUUUGGAUAUUGUUCGGGAGCUUGUUACGCUUACUCUUCAUAUUUUUAUAUUACUAUAUUUACGUUUUAUUAUUUAUUUUUCCCCGCGUUUUCCCGCUGGGACGCGGUUUCCUGCUGCCAACCCCUUGUUUUUCCCUGCUCCCCACGCAGGAUGGCGACGUGCACAGACACCUCUACCUCCAGGACGUCCUCACCAGCGUUAACGAGGUGCCAGAAAGACCCAAGGUGUCCGAGUUCAGCUGCCACCUGCCCGGCUGCUGCCAGCUCUUCGACACGCUUGAGGGCUACGAGCACCACUACAACGCGCUGCACCGCAACGCCUGCGCCUGCUGCAAGCGCUCCUUCCCCUCCGCGCACCUCCUGGACAUCCACGUCCUGGAGUGGCACGACUCGCUCUUCCAGGUCCUGGCCGAGAAGCACAACAUGUACAAAUGUUUAGUGGAAGGCUGCGCGGAGAAGUUCAAGAGCAGCCAGGACAGAAAGGAGCACCUGGUCAGCACUCACCUGUACCCUGCCGACUUCCGAUUCGAUAAGCCCAAAAAAACCAAAAGCGGCACCAAGCACGAGAGAGCUGCUGUGAAGCAGGACGCGGGCGUGCCGAUGGACGUGAGCGUGGAGGCUUCGGAGCAGCAUCGAGGAGAUUCCAUGGAAACGGGCCCUGGGGAGGCCAUGGAGGUCCCUGUGCCCAACCCGCUCCCUGAGAAACGAUUCUAUAAAUCCAGGAUCCCCUCCACGAUUUGCUUUGGACAGGGAGCCACCCGAGGGUUUAAAGGCCCCAAGAAAAAAGCCUGAAGGUCAGCGCAGCGCAUGGGCGUGAGGCAGGAGGAAAACACUCGUCGUGGCCAGCGGGAGCUAGCGACAACACUGCGGACAAGCUGGAAAAUUGUACUCCGAAAAGCGAGGAGGGGAGAAUUGCGCCGAGGCGGCGGUUUGGGUUAGCCAGGUGUUUUGGGAGCUGCUUGGCUGUGGUCCCUUGGUGCCUCAGCGGGAUCUGCAGGCAGAGCCACGCUGUGUGUGCCUGUCCCGGCACGCGGGGCGCUCUUCGCUCGCCCKGAAACCAAGGCGCAAGUAGAUUUGCCUGCCUGAACUCACGCUGUGGGUUUUUGUGUCUUUUCGCUGUCCGCUCCGGACGGCGGCGGCUCAGAGUCGAAAUCAGAUGGUUCCUGAGCAAGGCGAUAAAUAAAAAGAGCUGAAAACUAA